UUAAAUUUCUGCUUUCGGUGGACAGCACUGUCAAUGGUGCAAAAGGCAGCGGUCAGCUUUUCUUCCAGAGCAGCUCCACAUUCGAAACUCUCCUUUUAACUUCUUUCAGGAAAUUAUCAAGUGCCGCUGUUUCUCUCCAGUCCAAGAACUGAGACUGACCCCAAAGAUCCACUUUUCUCUCAUCAUUCCCUUCAGGAUCAUGAGAUUCGCGACACUCAAAAGAAGAAGAUGGAUCAUGAGGACAGCAAUCAUCAUUGCCAGUCUGUUGUGUUGUUCUUCUACUAGAGACACCAUGACACUCAGCAGUCCACUCAGAGAUGAAGACGGAGACACUCUCAUUUCCGAUGGAGAGACCUUCCAGCUUGGCUUCUUCAGCCCCAAUGGAAGCUCAGGCUCCGAUCAGAGAAGGUACGUGGGGAUAUGGUAUUACGAGUCCAACCCGCGGACCGUAGUUUGGGUCGCUAACAGAGACCGCCCUGUGUUGGAUGCAAGUGGUGUUUUGAGCAUAACACCAGAUGGUAACCUCAGAGUGUUGGACAGAACUGGGAAAUCUUACUGGGCAGCAAAUCUUGAAGAAUCCUCACAUCUUGCAUUGAAAGUUCGGCUACUGGACACGGGUAAUUUGGUCGUAGAGCCGGAGUCUAACUUGGGGAGGAUGAUUCUGUGGCAGAGCUUCGAUUACCCGACGGACACCUUCCUUCCGGGGAUGAAGAUGGAUGAGAACAUGACCCUCACUUCGUGGCGAAGCUAUGAGGAUCCGUCGCCAGGGAACUACAGUUUCCAGCUGGAUCAAGAAGGGCAGUACCAGUUUGAGGUCUGGAGGAGAUCUAUCCGGUAUUGGAAAAGCGGGGUCUCGGGGAAGUUCAUCACCUCGGACGACAUGCCGUACUCGAUCUCGUACUUCUUGUCCAACUUCACGACCAGCAUAGACAACAAUGCUUCCGUCCCAUACCUCACGUCGUGGAUGUACGUCGACACGAGGCUGAUCAUGAGUGCUUCGGGCCAGGUUCAGUACCUGAAGCGCGACACGGAAAAGAUCUGGGCUUUGGUUUGGGCUGAGCCGAGGGACAGAUGCAGUGUGUACAACAUGUGCGGGGAUUUUGGAAGUUGCAACAGCGAUGCCGACGUGGCGUGUAAGUGCUUGCCAGGUUUCGAUCCGAGCUCGCCGGACUCGUGGAAUUCAGGGGACUUCUCUGGGGGGUGCAUUCGGAAGUCGAUAUUGUGCAGCAAGAGCACCGCGAGCAAGACGUUCCUCAGUUUGCAGGCGAUGAAAGUGGGAAAGCCGGACUCGGAGUUUGCGGCUGCGGAUGAAUUGGAGUGCAAGAAAGAGUGCCUUAAUAAUUGCCAGUGCCAGGCUUACUCAUUUGAAGAAGUUGAAUCUGCUAAAAGUCAUGGCGGCUCGGGUGGUGGGCUCUGCUGGAUUUGGUCGGAGAAUCUUAACAAUCUUCAGGACGGUUAUGACGAAGGCCGCGAUCUCUCCGUCCGAGUUGCAGUUUCUGAUAUAGAAUCUACAGCUAGGAAUUGCGAAAUUUGCGGAACAAACCUGAUUCCAUAUCCCCUCAGCACUGGAUCACAAUGUGGAGAUCCCAGGUAUAGUAGUUUCUACUGCAACACAUCUACAGGAGCGGUCGAUUUCAAGUCGCCUAGUGGCACCUACCAAGUGAUACGAAUCAUCCCCGAAUCGCGUAAGUUCCUUGUCAAAUCGAGACAAGCAGAUAGUUGCAAGGUCCUGGAGUUCAAUCGGUCUCUGCCCUUCCACGUGACAAGCUCGUGCGGUGGCAAAAUGAGCAGUAAACCCGAAUCCUUUAUAGGAGGCAAAGACGAAAUAGAGAUUACUUGGGAGCCACCACCUGAGCCGACCUGCAUUACAUCCACAGACUGCACGGAUUGGCCAGAUUCCACUUGUAGCACAGCAUUAGAUGGUAGGAGGUGUCUCUGCAAACCCGAUUUUCGGUGGAAUCCUCUACUCCUUAAUUGUACUAGAGUUAAGAAGCAUGGAGGUCUAUCGAGCGAAAAGCUGCCACUGUCUGUCGUCAUUUCCAUAACGUUUGCAUGUAUUCUUGUUCUGAUUGUUCUCUUAAGCACUGUCGCCUUCAUCCACAUACAGAGGAGAAACUCCGGCAAGAGGAAAGAGAACUGGACAAACAUACAGAGGUAUUCUGCGCGGCAACUCUAUGAUAGCGAGAGACAAGUCAAAGAAUUGAUAGGCUCAGGUAGGUUCAAAGAGGAUAGUACAAAUGGGAUCGAUGUUCCGUUUUACAACCUGGAGAGCAUACUAGCAGCUACCGAAAACUUCUCUAAUAUAAACAAGCUUGGACAGGGAGGAUUUGGGCUUGUUUACAAGGGCAAAUUUCCAGGAGGACAAGUAAUGGCAGUGAAACGGCUAUCGAGUUUUUCUGGUCAGGGCUUCGAGGAAUUCAAAAACGAGGUUGUCUUGAUUGCCAAACUUCAACAUCGGAAUCUCGUGAGGCUUUUAGGAUACUGUGUGGAAGAAGAAGAGAAGAUUUUGCUGUAUGAGUACAUGCCCAAUAAAAGUUUAGACUCCUUUAUAUUUGAUCGGACUUUAUGCAUGUCAUUGGAUUGGAACACACGUUUUAAGAUCAUUCUUGGAAUUGCUCGGGGGCUUCUGUAUCUACACCAAGACUCAAGGUUGAGAAUCGUCCACAGAGACCUGAAGACGAGCAACAUCCUGCUGGACGAGGAGAUGAAUCCCAAAAUAUCCGACUUUGGAUUGGCAAGGAUAUUCGGAGUCAAAGAAACUGCAGUGAACACGAACAGAGUAGUCGGAACUUACGGCUACAUGUCCCCGGAGUAUGCACUGGAUGGAUUCUUCUCAGAUAAGUCCGAUGUUUUCAGCUUUGGCGUCGUGGUACUUGAAGUCGUCAGUGGGAAGAGAAACACGGGAUUCUUUCAGGCUGAGCAAGGUUUGAGUUUCUUAGGCUAUGCAUGGUCGUUGUGGAAACAAGAGAAGGCGCCGGACUUGAUGGUCUCAACACUCCGUAAAAGCUGCGACAUGAACGAGUAUCUGAGGUGCAUCACCGUCGGGCUAUUAUGUGUGCAAGAAGACCCGAACGAUCGCCCCGCCAUGUCGAAUGCGGUCUUCAUGCUUGGAAAUGAAACUGCUACUCUUCCGACCCCUAAGCAACCGGCUUUCGUCGUGAGACGAUGCCCCUCAAGCAGGGUUUCCACGUCCAGCAAAUUGGAGAGCUGCUCUUUCAAUGAGCUCACUGUCACUCUGGUGAACGGCCGGUAGCAGGACGAGCGAAGGCAGGCCAUACUCUUCAAUUUGGUAUUGAUUCCUUGUGCAUUAGAAAUGAAUCUCUUCAAUGCAAUUAUCUGUUGGUUUGAAAAUGUGUUUGAGGCAAUUUUGAUCUCUGCGUUCGAUGUUUCUUUUGUGGAGAUGUAUUGUACAAUGUAAUAUGUAUAAUAUCAUUCAUUUGACUGGAUGAAUUUCCACCUUC